AUGGCAUCCCCAGUACUUUCUCUCCUCCUCAUCGGAAUCUUCUGUCUCGCCCUUUUCAACAAAUCCGCGGCUGUAUGUUGUCUCACCAAGGAGGAAGUGACCUUCAAAAUUGCCAGGGGAGAAUGCAAGGAUGCGGGAGGAUAUGGAAACGAUCCUGACAAUUGCACAAUCCUAAUUUGCGGCGAUGGAUUGCACAAUGUGGGAAUGUUCUGCGGCCAAGGAUCCUGCAACAUUUUCGGCUGCAACUGUGAUGGCGGAUGUUUGGAAGGCGAUUUUUCCAAGACCUUUGCAGAGAGAUACGAGAUCUACGGAGUCGAAAUCAUUAGGGUAAACAGGAUGCUGUAG